AGAUCUAGGUGUAUAUUGCAUAGUAAAUCAAAGAACUGUGUCCAAUACCAUAGUAUAUAAGGUGUAUUGCAGAACCGGAGAGCGCCUUUGACCAUAGCUUUCAAUACAAGAGAAAUGGACUAGGAAAAACCAUAACCCUCUUUCGGUUUCAAAAGCUUUACUUGAUUCACUCAUGUGAAGAGGCUUCCGAUGACUUUCACCAUCUGAACAAGGAUUAGAUCUUUAAGGCAUUGUCAACCUACAAAGUCGCAUAUCCUAGCUAAGGCUCAACCACCAAAUUAGUAUCACAGAUUUCAAUAUGCCUUAUUGUUUGAUUAAAUGUCGAUCCAUUGAGUGACAAAAUUGACCUAGCGAUGAAAAAAGAAUUCAACAAGCUGAAGAAAAAACAGACAACUCACCUGUUUUGGGCGAAUAUAUAUUCAGAGUGCUGAUUCGACGAUUUGAAAACCCCACUCUGUCUCUAUCAAGUGUCUUCCUGUGAAUUGCACUGCCAUUUUUUUUCCCUACGGACCGGCAAAGCAUCCUAACAUCCUAUAAAACUCCCCCGUGCCUCACCAAGCCAUGCAUCAGAGUCCAGAGACUAGAAGAGCAGCAACAGGCCGGACGAGCUCCACGUACAGCUAGCCAUGACGACGGCGACGACGACGACGAUGAAGCGCCGCUUCUUACGGUUCGCCACCGUCCUGGCGUCGCUCCUCUCGGCCACCGCCUGCCUCGACGUCGGCUUCUACGACCAGACGUGCCCCACCGCCGAGACCGUCGUGCAGCAGACCGUGGCCGCCGCGUUCACCAACAACUCCGGCGUCGCUCCGGCACUCAUCCGCAUGCACUUUCAUGACUGCUUUGUCAGGGGCUGCGACGGCUCGGUGCUGAUCGACUCCACGGCGAACAACACGGCGGAGAAGGACGCGCCACCCAACAACCCGAGCCUCCGGUUCUUCGACGUGGUCGACAGCGCCAAGGCGGCGCUGGAGGCGCAGUGCCCCGGCGUGGUCUCCUGCGCCGACGUCCUCGCCUUCGCGGCGAGGGACAGCGUCGUGCUCUCCGGCGGCCUCGGCUACCAGGUGCCCGCCGGACGCCGUGACGGCCUGAUAUCCACUGCCACUGAGGCCCUCAACAACCUGCCUCCGCCGUUCUUCAACGCCACCCAACUGGCAGCCAGCUUCGCCUCCAAGAACCUCACCGUUGAGGACCUCGUCGUGCUCUCCGGCGCCCACACCCUCGGUGUCUCCCAUUGCAGCAGCUUCGCCGGAGUUGGCAACCUGGGCGACCGUCUCUACAACUUCAGCGGCUCAUCUGACGGGACUGACCCGGCACUGAGCAAAGCCUACGCAUUUCUGCUCAAGAGCAUCUGCCCGUCCAACAGCAGCCAGUUCUUCCCCAACACGACGACGUUCAUGGACCUCAUCACGCCGGAAAAGUUCGACAACAAGUACUACGUCGGCCUGACAAACAACCUGGGGCUCUUCAAAUCAGAUGUGGCGCUGCUGACCAACGCAACGAUGAAGGCGCUGGUCGACUCCUUCGUGCGCAGCGAGGCGACUUUCAGGACCAAGUUCGCCAGGUCCAUGCUCAAGAUGGGGCAGAUCGAGGUGCUGACCGGGACGCAGGGAGAGAUCAGGCUCAAUUGCAGGGUCAUCAACCCUGCUAAUGCUGCUGCUGAUGUUCUUGCCGAUCAAUCGGGUUCUUCAGGAUUCACUGGAGUGGCUGCAAGCUAAUAGUCGAUUGUCAGUACAUGUAUGUGCAUUGUGCACAGUGACGUCCAGUGUGAAUGUGUGAAAGUGCAAUAAGUAAUGAGCAGACUUCCUUGGUAAGCUUGAUUGUUACAUUGGUUGGGAGAAAUCAUGCAAUCUAUAUGACUGAACAAAAAUGACAGCA